AAGUCACACUCGUAGCAUUGCAUUCGUUAUUUCACUACGAAGUCUUGGGUAGGGCAUACGUAUUCUCCCACAUCGCGUUAAGAUUUUAGAUUUUUAGAUUAGAUUGCAAUAUGUCGGCGACUGAUAUAAGCAUUAUGAGCUCCACUGAAAAUUUGCCGAAGUUGUCGAAGGAAGUCUUCAGUGCUCCCGUUGCUCAAUCGCCCACCGCAGACUUCGAGCAAUCAGAUGCGCCUGCUUGGCUGACAAAAGACUACCUCGAGCGUUGUUUGCGUGCCUAUCACGAAGAUAGCCAAUUAAAGAUACUCAGAUGGCAUGUGCGGCCAGCACUGGGAAAAGGUGAAAAUUAUGCAGGCGUUUUGACGCGCAUACGCGCCGAUUAUCAAACAGCCGUGGGCACCGUUGCUACUGGCCAUUACGUCGUUAAAACAUCCUUUGAGUCUGAUGAGUUUGCGCGCAAAACGAUGGAGCCGUACGACAUUUUCAAUCGCGAAAUAUCGGUCUACGAACAGGUAUUACCGAAGCUAAAUGCAUUGUUGCGUGAGAUCGGUGACCACGAACAGAUCUUCGCCGAGACGAUGGCGGUUGAUCGUGCACGUUCGGCACUCAUUUUCGAAGACCUAAAUGUGCGCGAAUUCACAAUGCCCAAUCGGGUGGAUGGUUUGAAUAUGCAGCUGUCUAAAAUCGUGCUACGCAAAUUAGCCAAAAUGCACGCUACGUCUGCGGUAUUGAAUGAGCGCGAAAGUGGUUGCCUUGAAACUUAUGAUCGUGGUUUCUUCAAUCGACAUACAGACAAUUAUAUGCCCGGUUUUGAAGGGUUUUUGAUGGCUUGCAGUCGUCGUGUAGCCCAGUGGGAGGGCUACGAGUAUUACGCGAAGAAGCUGGUGAAUUUGAGGGCUAAAUAUGCCGAAUUGGGCAAGCAGGUGUUUGACGUUGUACCAGGACAUGUGAACGUGUUGGCGCAUGGUGAUCUCUGGACAAAUAACGUCAUGGUGAACUACGAUAAAAAGACUGGCGAGCCACUAGAUGCGAUCAUCAUUGACUUCCAGUAUGCAGCUUGGGGCUCUCCUGCAUUGGAUCUGGACUACUUCCUUAAUACCUCGUUGGAGGAGCAUAUGCACUUGCACCAGCAAGAUGAGCUCAUACGAUGCUACUAUGAAACCUUUUCGGACACUUUGCUCAAAUUGAACUAUCAAGCUAAAAUUCCCAGUUUGCACAAGUUCCAUUUGCAGCUGGAGGAAAAGGCGUUUUACGCUUUUCAUUCAACCUGCGUUAUUAUGGCGAUUCAACGCAACGAGGACACCACAGAUGCAGACUUCAACGCAAUAAUGCAGGACGACGCGCGCGCGCUUCGCUUCAAGGACACCUGCUUUAAGAGCCUUCAUGUUCAGCGGAUAAUCAAACAGCUAUUGCCGGUAUAUGAGCGACGUGGCUUACUGGAAACGGAACAGUAGUUCGUUUUUCCUCUCCUGUGAUCUUUAUUCUAGUGCAUUAUUUUUAAUUUUUUAUUGGGCUAAGGUGAAAAAAGUAAAUGUAUUUGCAUAAUUUUAUGCUGAUAGUAAUGAAAAACAUCAAAUAUUUUUAUAACAAAUAAAAAGCAAAUAGUGAAUAUUAAACACAGAAUUGAAA